CUCAAGCACUCACUGUUGACCAUCCGGCAACACCAUACUAUGAGGAUAUGUCAAAACAAUUUUUUCCUAUUCGAGGGGGUAUUCCUAUGCAAAUUCUGACCUCAACGGCUGUCCAUGAGCACAUAUUAAACUGUAGGCUUAUUAUCUAAGGAAUACUAAAUUCAUUGUAAUUGGGUUAUACUUUAGUUUAUAAUGGCUUUUACCAUGCUUCGGCCGGUGGCAACUCACCCCUUCUCCUCCUACCCUCCUGAUCUCAACAUGAUCUCGGAUGACGAGGAGAACCGCAGCGAGAGCGACGGCAGCUCUGACCAGAGCUAUGAAUGCUGUGCCUCUUCAGAUAAGACUUGUCGGCAGCUUUCCCGCAUGGUGGGAGUCGGUGGGGUUGUUGUGGUCAAACAGCGCAACACAGCCAACGCCAGGGAGCGAGACCGGACCCAGAGCGUCAACACCGCCUUCACCGCGCUCCGGACACUCAUACCCACGGAGCCGGUGGACAGAAAGCUCUCCAAAAUUGAAACGCUCCGGUUGGCGUCCAGCUACAUCUCACACUUGGCCAACGUUCUGAUGCUUGGUGACGGGCGUGAGGAUGGGCAGCCGUGCCUGAGUGCAGUGUACCACGCGCAAGGACAUGGAGACAGGAAGCAACCCAGAACUAUCUGCACCUUUUGCUUGAGCAACCAGCGAAAAGGGGGGAAAGAUGGUCGGUGUUGUCUGAAAAUGCGUGGAGCCAGUGCACUACGAAUGAGCCGAAAAUAGACGGCUCUCAGACUUCAAGGAUUGUUGAAUUCAAGUCAGCACCUCAGGGAAAAAACUCUAGCUAACACACCCACUGUACAUAUACCGACACAUAGGCCAGAAUGCCCUCCAACUUUGGGAAAAGACUGUCAAAAAGACGCGUUUCAGGAAUUUGUUCGUGUGAGAAAAGGCUACUCCUCUCUGCCGCAAUGCUGGUUAUGGAAAAGGUGAUUUUGGAAGAACAUUGUCAUAAAUGAGACUUUAUUUGGUUGCCUUUUCAACACCAAUUUUGCUUUAAAAUUAUAUUUUUACAUAGUUGUAGUUGUCCCUAGUCUUUAUUUCAGCCCCUCAAUACCAACAAUGUUGUGGUGUUAUUUUGAUAUCACUUACAAAAUGUCUACCAACAAGGUGAUGUAACAGAGUUUUUAAAGAUAAAGUAUGUCUGGGAAUUUCCGAUACAGCUUACCUUAUCCUUCAGCAAUGCUAAGGAAUCUCUGCUAAGAAAGUGCGCGAGAUAGGGCCUUUCCAAAAUAUCUGAGAUUGGCCAAUUUUAAAGUUGCCAACCAAAGGCCUUUUGAGCCUAAUAAGGAUAGGACAUGUCAGUGUGUGAGGAAUAUAUGAAUCACUCUGAAUCAUCACGCUCUGAAUUUGCUCUAAAACGUUAAAGGGAAAACAGGAAAGGCAACAUGAAUAGUGUCGGUAGAUCUUUUGUCAAGACUAAUGAUUACUCAUGGAAACCAUCAAAAUGUGUGGCACAUUGCUGGACCGAUGCCCAAUAUCAGGAAAAGAUGGUAAAAGCCAAAAGUAGUGAGUUGAACAAUUGGUAACACUUUAGUUAAAGACUGCACUUCAGUUAAUGCUUUAUAACCUGUUUCUGUAAACAUUUUACAUUUACAUUUUUAGUCAUUUAGCAGACGCUCUUAUCCAGAGCGACUGCAUACAUUUCAAACAUUUCAUACGUUUUUUUUCCCCGUACUGGUCCCCCGUGGGAAUCGAACCCACAACCCUGGCGUUGCAAACACCAUGCUCAACCAACUGAGCCACACGGGACCUAUAAACACAUAUAGGAGCCUCUAUUAAUGUCUUAUAAUAAGGCUUAAAAAUGUCAUGUCUCUAUCUAUUAAUUCUUUUUGAGGUUGGUUCGGUUUCAGAUCGAUUAUUUAAAAAAAUGUAUCAUGGUUUUCGAUUUCAGUUUCUAAUUUAUGUUUUGCAUUAAAUGCACAAUGCAUUAUGUGGGUUGAAUGCUGUAACACAGAAUAACACAAUUAAUACAAGUCAAUGGAUGGUAGUGACUGCCCAUUACUGCUUAUCACUUAUUAAUCAUAAUUUAUUCAGAUUCAUUUAAGAAAAUAUUUUUUUUAUUUGAUGCCUUUAUUAUUUCAUUCCAAGUCAUCAUCUCAUCUCUAUAGAGCUGCUGCCUCUGCUAUCUGACAAAAUCACGAUUUUAGUAGUUCUUCAAGGUUAAUAAGGCAUAUUUUUUUGACUGCUGAAUAACAACUAUCAAUCGCUUAGAUCAUGCAUUUUCAGGCUCAUGAAGCAACUGCUUUACUUCCCUCUUUUGAUCGCGCGUUCUCUCUUCUGUCUCCGUGUCUGCGCCGCACAAGUUUAAAUUGAACCAGCAUCGGUCAAUUAGUUGUUUAAAAACCGAAAAAUAUGUUGGUUUAAUUGCUCAGCACUAGUAUAUAUGUUUAACAUUUCCACUGACUCAAACUCAUUAUGAGAUGAUUAUAAGACAUUAUAAAGGGAUCAGUCAUACAUUUUCAAGACAAGGUUUACAAUGAUUAUCACAUAAUGCAUUGGCUCUGUUGGCUUAAGGUAAAGUGUUACCAAUUGAACAAAUUCAGUGUUUGAGUUUCAGAUCCAUGUCUAUCAAUUCGCAAGUCUGCAGUACAGUGCACUUAGUGUACAAACCAUUCGAUGGUUUUGGCUUAUUGAAGCUGUAUUUCAACAGCUGCAGAGGAUCCUAGGAAGCAGUAAGCUGCAGGGCUUUAACACUGGUGUGUUUGAGUAAAUCUUGCGGGUUUUAAUGCACAUGUGCUAUUGAUUAGUCACACCUAAUAUCACCUAGCAGCCUGUGUUGAGCAAAACACAGCUGCUGAUAUGUUAAUGGCGUAAAUCACAACUCUCCGGAGCUGGAGAGGUAUGGAGGGGUCAGAGAGAUGUGUGUGUGGGUGCAUGUGUGCAUGCCUUUGUAUGUCUGAGUGUGUGAGUGAGUGAGAGAGAGCGAAAGAGAGUUUAUAAGAGGUGAGUUAUUGUUUUGUAAACCACCUCUAAACCUGUGUAAGUUGAGAUUUAGUCAUUUCUUUAAAUCCUCUGUCAUAAAGCCAACUUGUAAUUUCAAAUAGACUUAUAUGAUGUAUUUUCCUCAUUACACACAUGCUGUGACAUUGUUUGAGUGGUUGGUUACCUCUGAUAAUAUAAGGCCAAUAAAAGAAUAUCAGUAGCCUGGUUGUCUGUCUGUUAAGCUAACAUUCCACUCAUUGUACUCCAUGUUAUGUGCCGUGGAGUGGAAUGUUAGCUAAACAGACUGGCAAUCAGGCUUCAAUAUCACAACUCCCAUCACCAGAUUUGGAAUGUUGUCAUGUCACCACAAUUACUAAUUUACUGUAAAUGGCAAGUGUUACAAAGUGGCAUUGUUGUAGUUACAGCCACAACCCAUCAAUAAUGUACAAUUAAUUUUGCACUUGCAUACAAAAGCUCCAAGUCCCAGUCCCUUCGCCACCUGCUGUCAAACAGACCUGGGUUCAAAAACUAUUCAAAAUCAUUUGGCAUACUUUCACUGGGCUUGAUUGAGCUUGCCUGGCGCAAUUGAACCAAUAGAAUAGUCGCAAAGGUGCAAACCCUGUCCUGGCACUCCAGGCAGACUAAAGCAAAUGCUUUAAAGAAUAUUAAACAUUUAAAAACACUGUCAAAACGGGACAAAUUAGAAACGGCUGUUUGACUGAGCUUAUUCUGUAACUCUGGGUCUUGGGGCCCAGUGGGGCCCCUUCAAAUGGCCCCCAGAGGCCCCCGAGGCAGGAAGAUGUCACGGAGGAACAGGAAGGAAAAGCAGAAACAGCCGACCCGGCAAAGGCCCUCCCUGUGGGGCCAGCAGGUCCUGGGUCAGUGCCAGUCCUGACAUCAGCCUGCAGAGCUGGGGUCCAGAUGUCCAGCUUCUAAUUUUAAUUAAUGGGUGGGAAAGCCUGGCAUUCCAUCAUGUAUUAUAGUCCAGAGGAAUGUACUGUUUCACAAAGUCCCUAACAGCUGGUAAGGUUAUGAGAGAAAAUGUGUUACACUGUUACAGUACAACAACCUGUAGGCUACUGUAACACCGCCUGGUAUGGAGGAUGCUGUUGUUACUUACCUUUAUUAAGUUGACUGAGAGCAUUUACAGCAACAGCCUGUAUGUUGUUGAGAACAGAACAUUUGACUGCCAUUGAGUUGAGACGGAAUAAAAGGAAGAUAUACACUUUAAAGUAAAUUGUCUUGUCAAAGGAGUCCCCAUGCAGCACUUACUCAGUUCCUGUCCAGCCACAUGCUAGACAUUUGCUGAGGGAACCAUGGGACAAAUAGGGCUAAUAUUGUGAUACAGUUCUCUCCACCACGCUUUGACCAAAACAAACCCUUAUUGUGCCUUAUCUCACACAAUCCACAAGGGAGGUUGGGCCCCGUUCAACCUAAAGCUUCCUGUCCAAACUGCAUGUCAGAAGAGCUAAUCGCCUUCAGACACGCACUGCAGCCCUUUCAUGAGACAGGGCCUUGGAUACAAUGCUUCUGAUUUUUUAUGAUGUCAUGAUCCUUUUUUUCCGUGGAAGAGGGAUGGGAGUGUGGGGAGCAACUGAAUCCAGCCAAGCAGGCCUAACCAGAGCCAGACAGAGGGAGGGAAACAGUGUGUGUGUGUGUGUGUGUGCGCGUGCUUGCAUGUGUGUGUGUAUGUGUGUGUGUGUAUGUGUGUGCGCGCUCUUGCGUGGGUGUGCGCCUGUGUGGGUGUGUGUGUACUGUAGGAGCGAUACUGUUGACACACUCUCCACCCGGUGGACACACUGGGGGCUAUUGUUUCCCUACAGUACGCAAAGGGAGGAAGUGAAGGAAUGCCCUGAGACAUUAGCCUAGAGACAAUGUCAGUCUGCUGGGGCCAGGGCCGGGCCUUGAUUGCUGUGUUUCCCUGGCUCCCGCUCCUGCCGCUGGGCGGGGUCCUUAAUGCUGAGGUGAAAAGGCGGCUAAUUUCGAGCCCGAUUUCUCCCAUCAAAAUAAUUAAACAAUAUGAGUGCGCAAGCAGCCCUUCAAGAGGAAAGAGGCUUCCAUCCUUAGUAACCAUCCAUCAGGGCGUAAUAGUUCAUUAUUGUUUUGAGCAGGAGCAUGGGGUCACUGGGGGUCAAGUGCUUGUAUAAUAUCAGAAACUGUAUGCACAAAACACUCUCAGAGUAGCACUGCAGAUCUAGGAUCAGGUCCUCUCUGUCCGUGUCAUCUUAUUCAUUAUGAUCUAUAAUAUAUAUAUAUAUAUAUAUAUAUAUAUAUAUAUAUAUUCCUAGAUCAGCACUCUUAGGAGCUUUAUGGAUACGGCCUUGACGUCCAUCUACCAUAAACACAAUCCUAUGAGUCCUCUGUAAGUUAAAUGAAUAACUCAGGGCAUAGAAUCCUUGUCUUGUUUAGCAUUCUCUCUCUCUCUCUCUCUCUCUCUCUCUCUCUCUCUCUCGUAAACAUUACUUGUAUCUAUCUAAUGGUUUCAUCACCACAAAUGUGUAACUCUGUGCUUGUUGAGGCAAAAGCUUACAGUAUGUAAAUCACCCACUCUAGAAAUGUAUUAAACUACUUGCCAUACCCUCAA